AUGCCCAUCAAAUCCACUGCACCGACCCACUCAAUCAUGGCCACAUCACACCAGCCUACAAUGGACUACCUCAAUCCUGCAUACAGCCUCACCCACCACGUCCCACCAAUACGCGCCUUCACACUACCGAAGCCACUGCCUCCAAUCCACACCUCCCACGAAUACACUGUUAGAGAUCGCAUCCAGUUCGUCUCCUCCCUCCUCUCCCACCCACACUACACCCCACCUUUACAAACGCGCUUUCUUUUGCAGGAAUACAAAACACUCUGCAACAAUCUUCUCCAGAAACCCCCAAGCACAAUCCCAGCAACCGCCGUCCUACUAGAUCUCAAUCUCAGCUUCUUUGGAAUAGAGCUCAAGAUCCUCUCCAACGAAACCCUCCACCUCCACCUCCAAGUCCUCCUCCACCGCUACAAGAACUUCAUUCCCCCAAACGCUAAAAAGGAAAUGGAGUUCUUAAGCCGAUCGAAGUCCUAUGCGAUGUUCCCCCUAAUAACAGCCACAAAACAACCAACCUGGCACACAUCCUUCUGGUCCGACAUCAACAACUACCUUACCAAAGAACUCCCCACCUUCAACCAAAUCUUCACCACCGCAACCCCAACAUCAACCCUCCUAAACUCAGUCCCCACAUCCCUCCUCUUCACCCGCGUCUGUCACGACCUUAAACUGGACAUUGUGGAAAUGAACCAGGUGGUAGGCCACAUCCUCUCUCCCGAUACUAUUCCUCUCCCAGAGAUGGACAUCGGGGCCUUCAUUCGUGACAGGGAUCCCCUGGGACUAGCGAAGCGCUUGAGGAAGGAUUUGUUGGUCGUGCCAGGUUGUGAAGUGGAGCAUCACCUGGGACGCGAUUUGGAGCUGAUUUUUGAUGUUUUGGGGAGGUCGGGGUUUUUGUGCAUUCCUAGGAAUUUGGAUGGGGCUUCUGUUGGAACGAUGGACUAUCGAUUCUCUGAGAGGGCUGAGGCUGUGGGGAGGAGUUGUGUUGCUGACGGUGGGGUGGAUGAGGCUGAGGAGGGAGAUGGUGAAGAGGGCGGAGAGGAAGACCUUGAGGAGAAAGGAGAUACUGAUGACGAUGACGAUGCUGACGAAGAUAUUGAGAGUGAGGCAGUAGACGACUGUGAAGAAAGUGAAGAAAGUGAAGAAAGUGAAGAGGACGAUGAAGAGGAGGAGGAGGAGGAGGAUAAUAAUUCCGACAGCGUUACUCUCGCUAACAGAGAUGAUGUAGAAUGCUACGACGGUGAGGUGGUCAGCGCUUCUGAGGAAAGCGAUAGCUUGACGACGGAGGAAAAGACGUGGUUCAGGAAAAUGAAUCUCUCAUGGGAUCUAAGACAGCAACAACGGCAUAAAUGA